AUGGCUCCCACAGAAAGCAAGAAGCGCCUGGCCCUGGCCAUCAUCGACUUCCUCGGCUCUAGCCUGAAGGACGGCACCCUCACCGCCGACGAUGCCGAGUCCAUUGAGAUCGCGCAGUCCUGUAUCGCCGAUACCUUCAAGGUCGACCCAACCGAUGAAGCUGCCGUGAAGGAGGCCGUGGGUGGCCAGUCCCUGGCCAGCAUCUACAGCGUUUACGAGAAGCUGCGGAGCAAGUCUACCCCUCAGGCAUCUGCUGCAGGAGCCCAGGAAUCACAGGAGCAGAAGGCCAAGGCUGGCGCGCCCACCCCUGAGUCCGAUAAACUGAAGUCCGAGGGCAACGCUCUCAUGGCCAAGAAGGAUUACGCUGCGGCCAUUGAAUCAUACUCCAAGGCCCUGGAGAUCGCCCCGGCCAACCCCAUCUAUCUCUCUAACCGCGCCGCCGCUUACUCCGCCUCUGGUCAGCACGAGAAGGCCGCCGAUGAUGCCGAGGUGGCCGUUGCCGUUGAUCCCAAGUACUCGAAGGCCUGGAGCCGUCUCGGUCUUGCUCGGUUUGACAUGGGUGACUACCACGCUGCCAAGGAGGCCUACGAGAAGGGUAUUGAGGCGGAGGGUACCGGUGGCAGUGAUGCUAUGAAGCGUGGCCUGGAGACUUGCAACAAGAAGAUUGAGGAGGCUAGCCGCGCUACCGAGCCCCCAUCGGAGGAGUUGGAUACUGCCCCUGGCGCUUCUCGCAGUGCUGGCGGCAUGCCCGAUCUUUCUUCUCUGGCUGGCAUGUUCGGCGGUGGUGCUGGCGGUGCUGGCGGUGCCGGUGGUAUGCCCGAUCUCGGUUCUAUGAUGAACAACCCCAUGUUCGCCAGCAUGGCCCAGAACCUCAUGAGCAACCCUGAUAUGCUGGGCAACUUGAUGAGCAACCCCCGCCUUCGCCAGAUGGCCGAGAGCUUCGGCCAGGGUGGCGGUAUGCCCGAUAUGUCUAGCCUCAUGAGCGACCCCAACAUUGCUGAGAUGGCCCGCAACAUGAUGGGUGGUGGCGGUGCUGGCCGGGGCCAGUAA